CAUUUAUCCAAAUCCGAAAUAUAAAUCCUCGAAAACCCAAAACAAAAGCACUAUUUCAUUCUCACUCCGGCUCAACUAGGGUUUCAAAUUCCCCAAUUCCCCGCGAUCUCUCUCACACACCUCCUUUCUUAAACCCUAGCCCCGCCGUUUCCCAACCGUUGGAUCUCCAAUUCACCUACAUUUCCCACCGUUAGAUCGCUCGAAAUGGCUGCUGUAGAGACUGAGAACAAGGUCGAGGAGAAGGAGCGGAGCGGCGAGCUGUUGUUCUGUGGCGCUACUAAUUGGGACCUCAUUGGCAAGAAGAAAGGGCCCGCUGAUACUAAUUUGGUCUCUCCUACUCGCCUUCGCCCUCUCGUUGGCAUUGAUAUUCGAUUUGUGGCUUCGGGUUGCAUGGCGUGUCAUUGUGUGGCGUUGGACGUGGAUGGGCGGUGCUAUACCUGGGGACGGAACGAUAGGGGACAACUUGGUCAUGGAGAUACAAUACAGCGUGACAGGCCUACUGUGGUGUCUGGACUGUCAAAGUAUAAAAUUGUGUCCGCAGGGAGCGGGAGGAGCCAUACAGUAGUGGUAACUGAUGAUGGAACCUCUCUGUCAUUUGGGUGGAACAAACAUGGGCAACUUGGUUCAGGGUCUGUAAAAAAUGAGUUUGAAUUAUCUCCAGUUCGGUGUCAGGUAUCUGAUGUAAAGGUUGCUACGUGUGGGGGUGAAUUUACUGUUUGGUUAACUUCUGAGCCAGGCGCUUCGAUACACACUGCUGGUCUUCCACAAUACGGUCAACUUGGACAUGGAACUGACAAUGAGUACAAUACUAAAGAUAGUUCAGUCAGACUUGCUUAUGAAGCUCAACCUCGCCCAAAGGCAGUGGCUUCACUUUCUCGGGAGACCAUAGUUAAAGUUGCUUGUGGAACAAACCAUACAGUUGCAGUAGAUUCAAAUGGUUAUGUUUAUACGUGGGGGUAUGGAGGUUAUGGAAGGCUUGGUCAUAGAGAGCAGAAGGAUGAGUGGUCUCCUCGGCGUGUUGAUGUUUUUACUAGGCAUAAUGUUUUACCUCCUAAUGCUGUGGUGUCAGCUGGUUCUGUUAACUCUUCUUGUACUGCUGCUGGAGGCCAGCUGUUCAUGUGGGGGAAACUGAAGAACCAUGGUGAUGACUGGAUGUAUCCUAAACCUGUUAUGGAUUUAAGCGGCUGGAACAUACGUUGCAUGGAUUCAGGCAGCAUGCACCAUUUUGUUGGUGCUGAUAGCUCAUGUAUAAGUUGGGGCGUUGCUCAGUCUGGUGAGCUUGGAUAUGGACCUCUAGGACAGAAGUCUUCUGCAAUGGCCAAAAAAGUAGAUAGCCUUGAGGGCAUGCAUGUGAUGAGUGUUGCUUGUGGAUGUGCACACUCAUUGGUGGUGGUUGAUAGAACAGAAGUUGGUGAAAGGCUUGAUCAGCUGGAUGUCUACGAUGGCAAAGCUGCAGGUGAAGGAAGUGAAGUACCCGUGAACAAUUCUAAUAUUGCUGCUAACAAAAAUGGUAAAAAGAAUGGUGCGAAAACACCCGAGAAGUCCAAUAAAAGAAAAUCAAAGGAUUCUUCGGAAUCGGAAGAUGAGGAGAAUGACAGUAGUGAUGAAGGCAGUGAGGACAGUGAAGAGAUGAAUGGGGAUGCCAAAGGUAAAAGGCAAAGGGGUGGUAAGGCUUCUGGUAGAGGUCGAGGUAAGAGUGCUGGGAAAGCUAAGACAGAGACAAAGAGCAGUGGGCGUGGAAGAGGCCGGCCUUCUGCAGACAAGAAUACUGCUGAUAAUACAAAAACAAAAUCUGGCAGGAGGGGAAGACCAAGGAAGUCGUGAGGUCAGUUUAGUUCGAAAACAUUGUAUUAGGCAUGUGUUCUGCCUUUUUUUUUAAAAUUUAUCUUUUCCCAAACUUCAACUUAAAUUUCAAGAUCAGUGCGAUCAAUUGACUUGGUGAGCGCUCUUGGCUUCUAAGGUCUAGUCCAGAGGGCUCCUGAGAAAGCAGGGUGCCCCUUGUAUCUGGUUUUCGAUUCGGAUGAGGGAUGCCCUAGGCCCUGUUUUUGUAAUUGAAUAUUCAAAUAUUGUUUCACCGACUUUUAUGUAUUAUAGGAAACUUUCUUCGAUAAA